UCCCUCACAGCCAGAGCCAAGGACUUGUCUCAUUCACUCCAGCUGCACAGGUUGAGAGGGAGUAGAGAAGGAGUGAAAGCAACUGCUGGAGAGGGAAAGAGGAGAGUCUGUUCAGCUCUUUGUUUUUGCAGGAGAAGAGGGGAGACAGGGUGUAAAGGAGUGAGGCAGGAAAGAGGGGACAAGUCUUCAGGAAUUGGGACUACCCAGUUUUGGGAGGUUCCUCCAGGGAGGUUACAGUGAUCUUCGGCAGUGACCCCUCCUUUACCUGCUGGGAGUCAGACCCCCAGGAUCCAGAGCCAUGGAUCCCUCCAUGUCGACUGAGGUCGAUGGGGAGCCCAAGGAGAGGAAGAAGAUCCAAUUUGCUGUGCCCGCCUCUGCGCCCACCAACCUGGACCCUCGGCAAGUGGAGAUGAUCCGGCGCAGGAGGCCCACGCCUGCCACGCUGUUUAGAGUAGCCGACCAAUCAUCUCCCGAGGAUGAUCAGUCCACCCAUCAGGUAAAGUGGGUCGUAGGAGAGAACGGAGUGCUCAAGCCGAAACGUGUCAAUCCAAACGUGUAUCAGCCUCCAUCACUCAAAGCUGUGCAGAAGAUGGCUGAAGCACACAUGCAGAACCUAGGUGUCUACCCCCCUUUGGAAGACCCUUGUGAAGGGGAGGAGGAUGAGGACCAGUGGCAGGGAGAGGAGGGAGGGGACACGUCUCCCACCGACUCUGCUGAUCACCAAGAGACGGCGACCACCGAGCACUCAGGCAAGUUUUCCAGCGUGAGAGAGACGGCCGAGCACAUCCAAGCAGCACAGGAGGAAGAGGAGGAGGAGGAGGAGGAGGAGGACGGGGACAAAUUCAAGAAAACCACAGAGGAGAACAGCCGGGGGAGCAACUGAGAGAGAAAGAGAGAGAGAGAGAGAGAGAGAGAGAGGGGGGAGGGCAAACAUUUGGAGGGAAGAUCUGGGGAGAGAGAAGGUGUUUUGUCAAAUGGUUAAAAUCUGAAGGCCUCAGAAGAGAUGAGGGUGUGCGCUGUGGGUCGACUCUGAAUGACAGAUUCUUGCAUGAAAUCGAACAUGUGAGCGAGCAAAGAUUUAUGCACUGCUUCACCUGUGAAGGGUGAGGUGGAUUAAAGAGAGAGGACAGAGAGAGGGAGAACAUGUGUUAGGGUUCAGCCCUUAUGAGCAGGCGACGAAUGAUGUACUGACACAGCAGACUACAGACGCCACUUUGGCCCUAAUGUCCCUUUGUUUAUGAUGAGAGUGGAGGGGGCAAGGUUGACAUGAUCAAGACCCUGUAGGACCAGUCCUCCCUCAACCUUAAUGCUCCUGCACAGAGCUGAAAAAUGUUUAAAUGUUCCUUUAAAGAGGGAAGUAAUUGUCACAAUAAUCACAAAAUAGAAUUUUUUAACGGAGACUCUCACAUGACCCUUUCAAAAGGACUUGAAAGUCUUUAAUUGUGCGUGUUCCACUUUGCUGCACGUUUGGCCCUGUGAUUAAAUGUGCAUUUGCUGCCACCUUGUGGUGGGAAUAGGAACGACAGGUUUAAAGUGAUUCUCCAACCCAACAUCUACACUUUCUCAAGUGCUUUAAGUUGUCGUCUUCAAUAUUUUCAUGGAAUGAUCUCCACUUUUAAUGCUUCGUUAACGUGUUCAGGCUAUGUAAUUGUUUUUCUAUGCAGUAGUUGUCAUUGUUAGUGGCUGAUCCUGCCGUUAAAUUCUAAUCGAGCGUUUUAAUCAGUUAAGGAUUGCUGUUUUUCAAAUGUAUCCCAGUGAUAAAAUGAAUACUUUUUCCUUCCCUAAUCAACCAGGACUGAAAUCUUAUUUUGUCUUAUUCUAACAUCAUUUUAUUUUGACUUUAAACUCAUGCUUCAUUCGGCAAAAAUAACAGCAGAACCUUAGUUGAUGCUAGAUGUAACCCUUAAAAGGUCUAACAUGACCGCAGACUAUUUCUGCAUCAGCUUCUGUCAUCUUUUUAAAAAGACAGAUGCCGAAAACAUUUGGGUUGGAGUUUUAUUUUAAUUGUGACUCAAUAAUAAGCACCAAAAUGUUUGUCUGUAAUUGUUUUAAAUCCAUGAACAAGAGAGUGCAUGUGUGAGGUUAUUUUAGACGGCACUUUUCAUAUUUGAGAAUACUUCAAAUUAAUCUUAAUUAAAGGGCAAAGCUACCUCUAAUUUGUUUGAAAUACAGAACCCGACGGCUGCCUCCACACAUCACACAUUUGAUCCUGACUGAUUGUGAACCAUGUUGACACAAUGUUGAUGAAGUAUAUUAUUAUUAUUAUCAUUUUUAAAGUAAUUAAAAAAUCUUUUUUCCAAUACUGCUGACUCAUUUGGAAUCUCUCAGUGCUCUUAGAUUCCCUUUUGUAUGUCAGCACUUUUCUAUUGUCAUCUUUUGAAUCGUUCACUCGUGACUUGUAUGUCACAGAUCUGUUGUGAGAGCUAUUUUUCUAUUCUAACAUCCGUGUAUACGAAGCUCAGUCCUGUCCAGUUCCUACUGUCUGUUUCCAACUUACAAGCCUGCGUAAAGGAUGCAGCACAGAAAGCCUAAAAGCAGGCACUGCGGCUAAUGUGUGACUGACAUUUCAGCAAACUGCACAAACUUUCUUUAGUCUGUUUCAUCACAGAUAUUCACUUGGUUUCACUUUUCUCUGCAUCAGCAACAACUUUUAAGUGUAUUAGCAUGCAUCUAUCUAAUUUAAUUUCCAGUUUAAUUGAAGAUUCAGCAUCUGAUGUAUAGGAAGGUCUCCAGUUGUGACACAGGACGAAUAAAUCUUGCUGUUUGUAGCUGCGGAUUGUAUAUAUAAAAAAACUGUGUGCAACUUUUUGAACCUCUGACCUGCCCAGAUUGUGGAGUGACUGGGUGAGCAGGUUGUGUGUGUGUGUGUGUGUGUGUGUGUGUGUGUGUGUGUAUGUGUGUGUGUGUGUGUGUGUGUGUUGGGGCUCUGCAGCCAACGCUGUCCUCCCUCUUUCCCUCUCUGUCCACCUCCCCUGUCCUCCAGGGUCAGGAGAAAACAACCAAGGAAAGACAUGUAUGAACUUAUGCUUAUUCUGUCUUUAUUUUUAUUUUGUUUUUCCAUUCUCUUGUUUCUCAAUGUGAUGUGGUUGUUUUAAAGUGAGCAACAAUAUGAUAUCAGAAUAAACUGUUUUUCCUUUUCUCCUUUAAACUCA